AAGUGUCUAGUUGAAACUAUCCCUUGGGAUUGGGGGUCCAUAACCCAUACCCCUUUGCAUACAUACAUAUGUAUGUAUGUGUGUAUUUUGCCAUCAAAUUGAAACUAUCUUAUCGAUUUGUGUGUGUUUUUUGUUUGUUUGUUUUUUUCGUGUAUUUUCCAUCCAACCAAAUGCUGGCGCAGAGGGUAACUGGUGACUAUAAUUCCCUAAAGGGAUUACAAACUUAAUGUCAUGGAUAUGGCCGAACUCCGUUGUCCGUUACUGGAAUCGGAGUCCAAUUACACUAAUACCCAAGAACUGGAAAUACAAAUGGCGAAAUUGAGAUCAAAAAACCAAAGAGCCAGGGAUCCCGAUCCGGAUGGUGAUCGUGAGGCGACCAUAAUAACCACCUUGAUCAAAUCCCUGUCAGUCAGAUGUCGGCGACAAGUUCGUAGGAAAACCAUACUGGGUACACUGCUGAUGUUUAUUUUCUGUUAUUUUGUAAUCGGACGACCGGAAUGGGCCAAUGUGAUAGAUCUGAAUGUACUCCAUUCGGGCAACUAUUUGACAGUUCAUCAUCAGUCCACAGUGGAGGGUAUGGAUGAAUUUAAUCAAAAUGCUACAAUGAAUACCAUUACGAUUGUGCCACAAGGCUAUCUUGUAUAUAGCAAUUACUGCAAAAUCGAGGAUCUGGAUCCCUAUAAAGCCGAAGUGAUGCGUUAUUUUAAGCGAGCCAAAUACAAACAGUGCCAAAAAUUGCCACCAUUGACCCAUGUGAAAUUUGAUGCCAAAACGGAGCGAUAUGUCCUCGGUAUCAAUGGUACGGCCUUCAAGAGCUACAAAGUGGGUGCACAAUUCCAUUGUUGUUACAUGUCCGUGGAGCGAUUAAACGACACGGAGGUUAACUACACGAAAUGUGAACGCUUCAAGGGCAGCAGCCAUCCAUUGGAACGUGGAUUGGAGAGCAUAAUAGUGAAAUGUACAUCGAAUGGCAAACAGAUUUAUAUCAAUGGACACGCCAUGAUACCAGAGAGAACGGACAUUCGAGAGAGACUGAACAAGUGGAAGAAGAAGGAUGGGGAGAGACCGCUCAGUGUCUUGAUGAUUGGCAUUGAUAGUCUCUCGAGGGUUCAUCUAAUACGGGCUAUGCCCAAAACUGCUCAAUAUCUGUACGAUAAUGAUUGGUUCGAAAUGGCUGGCUACAAUAAGAUCGAUGACAAUACUUAUCCAAAUAUCAUGGCCAUGUCGACCGGUUGGAGCUUGGAAUACGCCAACACGCAGUGUCCACCAUGGAAAGUUGGCGGCUUGGAUAAAUGCAAAUUCAUUUGGAAAAUGUAUGAGGAUUAUGGGUUUGCGACAGCCUAUGGCGAGGAUGCUGUAAAGAUCAAUACAUUUAACUAUAUGAGGCAGGGAUUCGUGAAACCGCCAGUGGAUUACUAUUUGCGUCCUUAUCUGACGGCGGCUGAGAAGCUGCUCUAUCGCACCAUCGACACCGGAAUGCCCCACUGUCUGGGCUAUAGCUAUGCCUCCGAGCACAUCUAUGACUACGCCCUGGAGUUCAGUCGUCGGUAUUUGAAUGACACGUACUUUGGAUUCUUUUGGACCAAUACGCACAGUCAUAGCGACAUAUCGCAGACCAGUUCGAUGGACGACUAUAUGGUCAACUAUCUGCAGCAAUUGGUCCAGCAGGGCACCAUGGAGAACAGCGUUGUGGUGUUCUUUAGUGACCAUGGCCUACGUUUUGGUCCCGCCAGAUCCACCUGGUCGGGACACUAUGAGGAGCGAUUGCCCACACUAUUCUUUUGGCUGCCGAAAAAGUUGCGUCAAAGUCAUCCCGACUUUGUUCAGGCCCUGAGAUUGAAUCGCAAUCGUUUGACCACCCCGUACGAUCUGCAUAUGACCCUUAAGCAUAUUCUCACUUUAUCGGGACGCGUGGAUGGUGGCCUAAAGACACUGGGCCCCUCAAUGAGAUGUCCCGUCUGCCAAAGUCUGUUUACUCCCGUAUCCGAGAAUCGGAAUUGCGAAGAAGUUGCCAUCGAGGAUCAUUGGUGUACAUGCCGUUCGUAUAAGACCAUUUCGAAGAAUUCCAAACAUGUCCAGCUGUUGGCCAAGCGAACCGUUCAUUAUAUUAAUGAUUUUGUGGCUGAGGCUCAGAAUGGUUCAUAUAGCAAAUUGUGUCAACAUCUUGCCCUCCAGUCGGUGAAAAGUGCCUUUGAGGCUAAGCCCAAUGCCGAUGACUCGGACGAUGAUCAUACGUAUCGUCUGAUAUUCUACACCUCACCCAACAAGGCUCUGUACGAGGCCACCGUUAGGCAUAAUAUUGUGAGUGAUACCAUGACGGUGACCGGUUCGGUUAGUCGGCUCAAUAUGUAUGCCGGUGAAGCGGAUUGCCUCAAGGAUGUGGCAGCCAAAAAGUAUUGCUAUUGUAAGACACAUGCCAAGGGAUAAGCGUUCUAGAUUAAGUUAGAAACAAAACAGAAACCUAACCCAAGUGCCGUUAACUUUACAUGCAUAUUGUAUGAAUAUGAUAGAAGUCAUAAUCAAGUAGCUUUAGUGCCCUUCGGCCCUGUUGAUCCCCCUCUCUCGCUCUAUCUCUUUCUCUUACCACAGCGACAUAAUAUAUGUAUAUAUGUAGGCAUACAAUAUAAUAUAAAAAAUUUCAUUUGCCAAUCCAAUGUCUAUAUACAGUAGUCUCAAUUUACUUACAAAUAGAUUUAUUAUAAUCUUCUGUAUAGGGGUCAAAUCAAUCAAUAAUUAGAUAUAAUCUAAACUAAUACUAGCGCGAUUUAAAUCAUAUGAGAAAUUAUAUAUAUUUAUAUAAGUAGCUUCAAUAUAAUGCUAAUUAUAUCUUCAAUAAUAAGUUUUCAUUCCUUUCUGAUUCUCUAAAAAAAAACUAAAUUAUUUUCACUUAUAGUAAAAAAGACAGAGGGAUGAAAA